AUGGCCUUGAAAGUCGAUGAAGUACCCAUCACGAUGGGUGGAAGGGAAUAUGUACCCCGCGCCAUCCCCCUCAUGGCGAAGGCAUUCGCGACCGACCCCAUAAUAACCUACCUACUCCACCACAUGACUCCAGCCCAACUUUCCGCAUAUCUCCCAAAGUACUUCGAUGGUGUUCUCACAGCCGCAGCUUUGAAUAAAGGCAUCUUCGCCGAAGCCGACGACUUCAAGAGUUGUACCAUCUUGAUUCCGCCAGGUUGCCGCGUAGAUAACUUCUGGACUCUGAUUCCCGCGGGUUUCAUUGGCAUGGUGUGGGAUGUUGGGGUUGCUGCUACUUAUCGCAUGCUAGGCGAACUCGGUCCCAAAGUUGACGCAGUCAAAGCCAAAGCACUUGGUGGCCAAAAAAAAUACUACUACAUCUUUUUUUCAGCAACCGAUGCCGAAGCUCGCGGACAAGGUCUCUGUUCUAAGCUCAUCAGAGAGUUUCAAGCAAUAGCCCAGAAAGAUUGCCUGCCAAUCUGGAUAGAAGGCACGACUGAUAGCUCGGCGAGAGUUUACGCCAAGUGUGGAUUUGAGCUUGUUGAGAGGAUUACCAUAGGUGAGGGGGUGGUAGAUGCUAAUGGGAAGGUGAAGAAGGGUGGUGAGGGUGUGGUUACAAGGGGUAUGAUUUGGUGGCCGAAAGGAGAAGAUGGAAAGAAGUUGGUGUCUCGAGAUGAGAAGAAUGGGGGCUGGAGGUCUUGA